GUCGAAGCGCGUCGCAUCAGGCAGAGCCUACCGGUAGGCGACAGAUGACGACAGCGACGAGCAAUAAGCGACAUGCAGCCAGCAAGCCCCGCGUCUACCUGCCGCUCCGCCUAUGAUCCUCCACCAACUAUGCAUGCUGGCAGCUGCCAGACGGCCGAGACGCGCGCCUCAGCCGCACGCGUUGGGGGCGGAAACGCUGCGCCCCAAUGCCAGCUCGAGGCGACCGCCAGCAUGUAGAACAGACACCACGCCUCGUCCCACGACGACUCGGCAUCGAUACUCAUCCUCCCCCUCCUCCUCUUUCCACCUGACGAGCACACCAUGCCCGGCAGCGACCUGCGCCUGCUCGCCCUUGACGGCGGCGGCGUCCGCGGCCUGUCUGCCCUGAUGAUCCUCGAGCAGCUGAUGGAGGCCGUCGACCCAGACGUGCCGCUGAAGCCGUGCGACUACUUUGACAUGAUCGGCGGGACGAGCACUGGCGGCCUGAUCGCUGUGAUGCUAGGCCGGCUGAAGAUGAGCGUGGCCGACUGCAUCACCGCAUACCUGUCGCUCUCUGACCGCGUGUUCUGCAAGACACGGCACCGGGUGACGGUCAAGGGCCAGGUGCAGGGCCGCUUCGACGCAGACGAGCUGGCGCGGGCGGUAAAAGAAGUAGUGAAGCAGCAAGGCCUUAAGGAGGACGCGCUGCUUAAGGAUGUCCCUGAAGCGGGGUGCAAAGUCUUCGUGUGCGCGACAAGCAAGGAGACGAGCGAGACCGUCUGCCUGACGAGCUACAAGACCCCGCGCGGCAACAACGACCUGCUCAACAACGUGACGAUAUGGGAGGCCUGCCGGGCCACCUCAGCAGCGACCUCCUUCUUCGACCCCAUCGCCGUCGGCAGAUAUGGCGAGCAGUUUGUGGACGGGGCGACGGGCGCGAACAACCCGGUGCGAGAGGUGUGGGACCAGGCGCAGCUGGCGUGGGGCCCCGAGCCGCUGGAAGGCAAGAUCAAGUGCGUAGUGUCUAUUGGGACGGGGGUGCCGUCGCUGAAGGCGUUCAAGGACGACGUCUUCAACAUCGGCCAGACGCUGGCGGCGAUAGCCACGGAGACAGAGCAGACGGCGGAGCGGUUCCGGCGCGAGCGGGGACUGCUGGACAGCACGGGGCGGUACUACCGGUUCAACGUGGUGCGGGGGCUGGAGGACAUCGGGCUGGAGGAGGCUAAGAAGGUCAAGGAGAUGGCGGCAGCGACGCGGCGGUACAUCAGCUCGCAGGAGGUGCACCGGCAGAUGCAGGCGUGCGCGGGCAGUAUCGCAGGGCGAGAGUAUUUUGGAGAAUAUAAAACUGACUUUAGCCUUGACGGCGUCCCACGAACGCGUCAGUUCGUGGACAGGCCGGGCGAAAUGGCAGAGCUCGAACGCGUUCUCGUGCCUAGACAUCAGCACAAUGGCCGACAAAGAAUACACGUGCUGCGUGGGCUUGGCGGGAUAGGCAAAACGCAGCUGGCGGUGGAGUUUGCACGACGACAUCAUCGCCAGUUCAGCUCGGUGCUUUGGCUAGACGGACGCAGUGAGGACAUCCUCAAGCGCAGCAUCGCGAGCUGCGCGGGCAGGAUCCCGCAAGGCCAGAUCCCCGAGACAAGCAGGCAAUACGCAGCAGAUGCCAGCGCUGACAUCGACGCAGUAGUCAAGGACGUCAUGGUCUGGCUUGCACGGCCUGACAACACCGCCUGGCUGCUCAUCUUCGACAACGUCGACCGAGAGUAUACGGCGCAAGGAGGCGACCCUGAUGCGUACGACGUGAAGCGCUACUUCUCUCACACAGACCACGGGUCGGUGCUGGUGACGACUCGACUGGCACGGUUGGAGCAGCUGGGAGACUCGCAGCAGCUGGGCAAAGUAGACGAGGCACAAGCGAAGGCCAUCUUGGACAGCUGGUACAAGAAGAAGCACGAUGCAGCUGAGAGCAAGCAGCUGCUUGCGCUGCUAGACGGCCUGCCGCUCGCCAUUGCGCAGGCGGGUGCGUAUCUGCAAGAGAGCGGAGUAGGGCUGACGACAUACCUGGGGUUCUACGAGCAGCAGUGGAGCGAGCUGAUGACGUCGGACGACGUAGCCGACGCGCCGCUGCAGGACUACCCAGAGCGCAGCGUGUGGACGACGUGGGCCAUCUCGUACCAGGCGAUCCGCGAGCGGCAUGAGCAUACGGCCAACCUGCUGCUGCUGUGGUCAUUCCUGGACAACAAGGACCUAUGGCACGGCUUAUUCGCUGCUGCAUGUGAUGAUUCUCUUGUAGUUGCUGCGAUGUUGUCGGGAUGGGUCGGAGACAUUGCGAGCAGCGAGAUCAAGUUUAGCAGGGCGAUGCAGCUGGUGUGCAACUACUCUCUAGCAGAGCAGAUGCAAGAGACGGGGAGCUAUGCAACGCACCCGGUGGUGCACCAGUGGGCGCAUCACUCGCAAGGCAAGCGCUUCACAGCAGAGCUGAGUCGACUGGCGGUGGUUGCUGUAGGUUGGGCUGUGCCGGAAAGCUCUACUCGCGACUACGCUGCGCUGCAACGCCGACUUCUUCCACAUGCGCAGGCGUGCUCUAGUCAGGUAGUUGAGCGCAAUGCAGUUUGGGAUAGGGGAGCCGAGGACAGUAGUGAUGGAGACGUCGACGAGGGCGAAGAGCGAGAGACUGUUCUCGAUGCUAUGCAUCUCCUAGGCGAACUCUACGCGGACCAAGGCAGGCUGGGCGAGGCAGAGCAGAUGUACAAGCGGGUGCUGCGAGGGAAGGAGGAGGCACUCGGGGUCGGCCACUCGUCGACACUGCAGACGGCGGAGAAGAUGUAUGACCAGGCGCUGCGAGGCUAUGAGGCACUCGGUAGUGUUCGCGUCCAGCAGUACCUGCCAGCACUCAACACCUUACAGAACAUGGGUGAUCUCUAUGCGAAGCGAGCAGAGAGUGCCAAAGCUCGAGCGAUGUACACAAGAGCUCUUUCUGGGCUGACGAGUGUGCUCGGUGCGUCGAGCGAGAGGUGCAUGGGCUUAUCCGCGAAGAUAGACGCUUUUCCGAGUGCUAGUAGAGAGGAGGGAGGACAGUUGAAACUUCCAACAGUGGGAGAGAGGCCUGCACCACAGCACGACCGAAGGAAGAAGAGCUCAGGACUAUCGAUACGGAGGCUUGUGAGGAAGAUGUAUCAAUAGCGCAUUCUUCUUCUAUCGCUUUAUCUACAUCAAAGCUGAG